AUGACAAGCCUCAGUACUCCCACCAUCACCGUCUCAUCGGAUUCAGAGUCAGAUUCUGGCCGCCCUCCUUCAUUCUUGCUUGUCCCUUCCACGCAACGUCUGACAGUUUCCUGGAAGUACAUUCGUGGAAAGCACCUCGAUGAUUUAACCACCUGCUCUACUAUAAGAAUCGACUGGACCGACAGGGACCGACAGAUCAUGACCUCGCACCUCGCCCGACACGAGCUUCACAAGGGAGAUUUGAAGAGUACAUACAUGGGCGAGCUUAUGGACCGGUUGGGACUCUCCCAGUACGCAAGACUCGAUACUUCAUUGAUGUACCAGUCAAUAUGCGUCAACAAGCUCCAAAGCGCACUCGAAUACCGUCUCAAGCUACUCCAUAAAGCUGGCCAUGUAUCGGCUACUUUCGUCCUUCCCUACCGGGCCAAGUGGAAGAGGUACACCCAAGCUUGGGGCAGCGAUGACUGGAAUGGCGACAUGACUCCUCCCAGGUCACACACUGCCACGCCCACAUCCAUCUCGACUUUUUCCACGGUGGCCACUCCGACUCCUUCUCUAGGCCCUCCCCCAGACUUUCCAACUCUUUCCUUGACAACAGAUGCCAUAUUGCAUACACCAGAAGACCAGGAUGUUGUCAUGGAAGAUGUACAGGACAUACCUCAGUCCGGCCUCACUCAACAGCAGUGUGCCGAACAUGCACAGGCGUUCCGACAACAGCUUCAACGCGAGACUCAGCAACAGCGGGCUCAGAUACAGCAGGAGCAACAGAGACAGCAGGCUGCUAUGGAUCUACAACGGGCAAAGAUCAAACAAGAUGCCUGGGACGUUUAUCAGGCCCGGAGGCGGCACGAGGCCCACGUUGAGGCACAUGAGCAGACACAAUCCCAGCCAGCCCCCCAGCCAGCCCCCCAGCCACCGGAGCGGGUGACAGGCCAGCAGGCUCUUGAUGUUUCCUUUCAUGCCAUGCAGCAGGCCGAACUCCAGCGGGAAUUCGAGCGACAGAGAGCCCAGAUACAGAGGGAAAAAGAUAUCGCUCAAGCUGAAAUUGCGCAACAACGGUUCGAGCUUCAGCAACAGAAGCAGUCAUAUGACGCCGAUAUUGAGCGAGGAAGAUCCCAGCAUGACAUGCUUGAGAGGGAAACCCAGAUGGCACAGGCUGCAAUUGAACAAGCGCGGUCCCGGCUUCAACAAGAGAGGCAGAUGAACCAGGCGGAGCUUGAGCGAGAACGAUCACAGCUGGAACAACAAGCUCGAGAGUUUAUGCAAGUCCAGAAGGAACAGUUUCAAGAGUACCUAGAGGCUCAGAAGCAGCAGCAGCAGUCGACCCGGCACCAACACCCGUCCCAACAAGAGCCAUGGCAGAAUCAACAACCGACUCAGCAACAACCUUCUCAACAGGAGUCUCUGCAACAGAAACCACCUCCAGCUCUUCCUCUACAGGAGCAGCCGGCACAUCAACAACUGGCUGUGCCCCAUGUUGAAAUGAGCAUAUUAUGUUAUGUUGAAGAAGAAGAAAGACUAGCGCUAACCAGCGUAAGCUAUAGACAAGAAGACAUCCACAUCCCAGCCACCAAUGGAUCGGAAUAG